CAAGUGGUUUUACUCACAUUGACAUUGUCAAUCACUCUUUUGAGAUGUUUUGUUCGUCUGAGACUUGAAGCACGCGCUCUUACCUUGUCCGAUUACUUGGUAUGGGCGGGAUAUGUCUUCACUUUGGCGUUUGUGAUAUGUCAAGGUAUAGCGCUCAACGCUGCACGAACACAUCCACUCGUUGAUGCAACCUACACCGACUCUGUCGUAUAUCUCAAGGCCGUCUACGCAUCAUGCUUCUUCUUCGACUUUGGCUUGUUCUUGCCGAAAGCCUCCAUCACGGCCUUCUACUGGUGGCUCAUCCCGAAUGUCUUCCGAAACAUGAGACUUUUGCUCUGGGUUACCACCACAUACCUGGUUCUUGCAGCGGUCGGUGCUGUCUUUGUAGACAUCUUCAUCUGUUAUCCAGUCGAGUACAAUUGGUCUCUUGAUUACGAGAAGCAAGGACAAUCAAUCUGGAACUCGUGGACAGACUUUUGGAUCAACUGGACUCUUAACUUUUCGGCUGAUGUGUUGCUCUUCUUGAUCCCUUUCUUCAUCAUGAAGUCACUUCAGCUGCGCCAAAGACAGAAAUUCGGACUGAUUGGGGUGUUUUCUCUUGGCCUUAUCACCAUGGCUAUCAGCUUCGGCCGCUUCAUGAUCUAUUCAGUCUCGAAUUACGACCUUGGCGACAACGAUGGAGCCGUCUUGUGUACAGCAGAAAUGUGCACAUCUCUCAUCGUUGCAUCCCUUCCCGGCCUAAAAGUUCUCAUCACCCGCACA